AUGGCUUCGCAUUCUUCCACCAACGAAGCCGACGAAUUCACCCAACUCUCAUUCCUCUCCAACCCUUCCAACCUACCCCCACCCACCCCCGUUCCGAAACUCGAUCGCUCCCAAGUCCUAGCUCAACACCAGGCGCUGAUCGAGCGCGAACGAGCCUGGAGUCAGUCUUCCUCAACUGAGACGAGACAACGCAAGGAGGUGGUGGGGCCGUAUAAGCCUUGGUCCAGGAGGACUGGAUCGAGGAAUCUGGAGUUUGUGGAAGGAUUGCACAAAUUGAGGUGCGAUGAGAGUGCCAAAGGUCAGUUGAGAAAGGGAGAGGGACGUGGCGCGAGGUGACUUGGAGGGCCGAGCUCAUAUGACCUCACCAUUCCGUGUGCAUUCGAUCUCCAUCCAGGCAAGGCUCUACUCGUUCGGAUCAUCUCUGCCACCGUCGUUAAUGCCAUCUCGGUGCAUUGCGUCAUCGAAGAUAAUCUCGGCGACGUCGCUCCCGUCCAGCUCUACCGACUCCCACGUAACACGUCGCUACAAGAUCUAAACGACCGUUUUCCUCAAAGAUCGACGUUCGGUCAGUUCUUCGACCUUGCACAAUACCACUUCGUACACCCUCGGCUGAUUGAACAAGGUCACAUUGAGUUGCACAGUCAUUUCCGAACCGACGCUUCGAUCAAGCAAGGGUGGUUUCCUAAUCCGCAUCGACUCGCCUGCCGAUUUUUACGGAUGUUUAGACCCACUCAACGUCCAAACGAUUCCCUUCCGCAACGAAAAGCAAAACAUCUCCACACCCCAGGAACACGCAUUGGCCGCCGAGACUUACCUCGAGCAAGGUCGUCUUCAAGCCGGUUUGAGAUCGUGUGCGCUCGCGAUCGAUCGCGCGUGGAAUACAGGCAAGGACGAACUACUCGCAUCGCUAGGAUAUCUCCAAAGUAGAGCGUUCUACGAAGUAGGUCAAUACCGCAGUUGUUUGGACGGGACCGAAGGCGCGUUCGAGACUGCGAGUAAUUGGCCUCAAGCGACGGACCCCAAGGGACAAAUUGCGAAAAAGGCGUUGUGGUUGGGUGCGAAAGCGGCGUAUCGGAUCCAGGAAUGGGAUCAUGCGAGGGGGAAUUUGGCCGAUCUGAAAAGGUUGCAGAAGUUGGAUGGCGAGAUGAUCGAGUUGGAGUGCAAGAUUGGAAAGAGAAUCGAGGAGAAUCGAGAAGGUUCGUUCGAGUGGGAGGGGCUGUUCGACUCUGCGAAAGAGGGGAAAGAUUUCGAAGUUUCAGAUUAUCGACAUCCUUCGAUCGAGGUUCGGGAGAUUGAGGGAAAAGGUGCAGGGGUGGUCGCCAAGUCCAGGAUCGAACGAGGGGAGUUGAUCCUGUUCGAAGAGGCGUUGGCGAGUGCGGAAUCGACCUCGCUUCUUCAAGGACAUGGAGGAGGCUCAUCGACGAUCUGUGUGAAUCUCUUCACGAAGGAAUACGACCCCGAAGCAUUGGGCCAGACCGUGUCGAUCUUAUUGGAGAAGAUGUCUGGGGACGAGAAGGUCAAGAAAUUGGUGUAUGAUCUGAGCACGGGACCUGCCGAGGGGGUUUUGGAUGAAUUGAAGGUCGACCGAGUGAAGGUAGAGGAAGACGAAGUGUACGACUACGACGAAGAAGAGGAUGACCCGGACGCCGGUCCACCUGGUCUCGACGUCAGUCGCGUCGAAGCGAUCGUCACUUACAAUUCGUUCAAAGUACGCUGCAUCACCGCUCAAGCCUCGGCAUUCGAUCCCACGGCCAAAAAUCAACCCAAGACCGAUCGUUUGGCGAUCUACAACUUUGCCUCGCGCUUCAACCAUUCGUGUCUGUCCAACGUCUCGUACCAAUUCGUCGGUGAUCGCAUACUCGUACGCGCGAUCAAGACGAUCGAAGAAGGGGAGGAAGUCGUACUUUCGUAUACGGAUUCGAUGAGGGGUUUUGAAGAGAGGAGGAUGCAUCAGGAGAAGCACGGGUUCGAGUGUGGGUGUCGGUUGUGUGCUUUGGAUGCCGGGGAAGGGAGCAAGCAGAGGGAAGAGAGGCGGUCAUUGAUCAAGCGGUUGGAGGAGAUGGACGAGAACGAGUCGGACGACCUCGAUGCGUACCUUGACCUACUUCGACAGAUCGAUGGUACCUACGCAACCGAUCGACCUACGUCAAUCCGACCAGAAUCGUUCCGACCCCUUACCAUCUUUGCUGAACGACUUGCGCGGGCCUCACAAUUGGCGCAAGCGAUCGAGAUGCAGAAAAAGGCGUUGGAAGCCGUCGGAGCCUCGUUCGCAUCCUCCACCGAAGUGGUGAACUCGUUCCCCAUCUUGGGCGAUGAAGAGUCUGUCAAGGUGGCUUUGCGGAUCGCGGAUAAGUAUCGGGCGAUGGGGGACAGGGCCAAGGUCGGAGUUUGGGUGGGGAAUGCGAAGAGGUUGGAGGAGGGGGAGAGUGGAGGGGUUUUGAUGGGGAGGAGGUAUAAGGAUUGGGUUGGGGAUAUGGGUAUGAAGUUGGAUUUGAGGUAG